AUGGCCAACAACUCCCCAGUAAUCCAUCCCUCAGAUGGGUGGCGUGUUCCAGCCCAAGAGGACCAGGAUCUGCAGCGGGCAGUACAACGCUCCCUCGAAGAAAACCAUGUUCAGACCAGUCCUCGACAACCAAGAUUUGAGACAUCUCCAGGUCAGGAUUAUUAUUUGGUCUUGAGUCUAAACAACCAGUUCGCUCCCUUGGAAGAUCCAGAAGGUGACACUGCAAUUUACAUUGGGCCCCCUCCUCGAGACCAAAGUCAAAGUGACAAGGAAUAUGCACAAAUCUGUGCACACUUUGACCGAGUCCAUAUCGUCCAAAGCGCCAAUCUGAGGCUCAUGGGCGAUAAUUCGAAAUUCAUCAAGAUGCUUGGCCCCAUGUCAAUCAGAGCCGAAAGAGUCAUUCGGAAGACUGGGGUUCUCGUCAUGCCUGAGGCGAAACGAGGCAGCAAGUUCAAAUAUUACAUCAACCUUCAACCCCCUGCCUACGAAGAUGAAGCAAUAAUCUUGACCACGGAAUUGUCUUGCACCAAGGGCGUGCUUACCUGGCAUCUUGCUAUGCAGAAGUAUAAUCUCUCACUUCUUACAGUCCUAGGCCACGACGAUUUCAUUACUGUUGUACCUUCCAUCGACACCAAAGACAAUUCCGCUGGGAAAGAAGCAGAUAUCGUGAUCGACGAGCGUGCAUACCCAACUAAUGGGAACCCAGGGCCAUCGGCCAUAGGAUCGAAUAUUCCUAAACCAGCCAAGAAUAGCCCGAUUGGAGCAGAGUAUUCUCCUUUGCGCCAUAGGUCUGCCAUCGAACGUGUAUUGCAAGCAAUUCAAGGCAAUGACCCUAAGCUUGAUUCAGCACCAAAAGUGUGGACUUACUUUGCAGUUGCAAGAUAUUUCGGUUGUGCACACCAUGAAAGAGUGUCUGGGUGGAUUACAGCAUGGCUGUGCACUCAAAAUAAUGCCAACUUCAUCCAGUGCAACCCCGAGGUUGUCUAUCGGAUUGCUAUGGGCAUUGAAUCGGCGGAACUGAUCAGAGAUGCUUUUAGUAUUCUCGUUGGUGAACGGGCCUUGAUCGACGCAUAUGGCGAAUACAACCCCAAGAUCUUGAACCCCUUAAAGGCCAGUGUUCAUGGUCGCAAGCUGGAUUUACUCGAUGAAGAUGAGCGCAACCGCAUCGACCACGCAGCUUCCUCUCUCGUUUCCAGAGUCCGUGAGCUGGUCUGUGGGGUCUGUCGAGAUAUGGACUGGCUUCGAGAAUCACCCGACUAUGCUAAGCUCGAAGCUCUCCGUGGCUCUAACGAUGAGGAAACGGAAAUCUUCAGUGGAGCCUUGGAGGGAGUGCGUGAAUAUAUUCGGUCAAGAAUAUAUUACGUACUUUGCCAAAACCAACUCAAGCACGACUUGGAGCAGGACACAUUCUCAAUGUCGAGUUUCCGUGCGGGUGUAGGCGAGAACUAUAUCACUACAUACAACUCCCUCAACCAACCAAUGAGAAUGUUCACCAAGACGUUUUGGUCUGCACUCCAACGCACUGACUUCAAUGUCUUUACCCACAAUACCACUCCUGAAGGAACUACAGGUGAUUCCUCGUCGACACGUUAUUUCGAAGCCCUCAAGGAUUUGUAUCAACAUGAUCAAUUGAAUGGCAUCAAAACGAUCAGCCGCAAAAGUCUUGACAGGAAAUUCGCAGCAGUCAACCGCAUACUUUAUGAACAUGCAGCUCGUGCUGGUUGUCAAGACAAAGAGGGCGCCUCAACCACCAUUACCUUCAGCAAUGGCUUGUCUCGAGCAUUACCAUCAAAAUCCAUCUUGAACGCAAGCGCUGGAAUUGACCUUCAACGCGCGCCACCUCAUGUGGUCAGCCCACUAAAUCCCGAAUCCAUUAAUCUUUCUUCCUUGGCCAUCAGUGGCCAUUCCAAGCACGGGUCUGACGAGGCUGGGCCGUCAACUCAAGUUCCAUCGUCCCCAUUUAAACGUCGCAAGACCAGUACCGGAGGUGAUACCAAUCGAGUUCCGUGGCAUAACUCAACGGUUGAGGAUUUCUCUGAGACUGCCCCGCCAGCUGAGAGCACUGAUACUGUUCUCGAUGGAGCAAGAUCGAACGCAGAUGCACUUCGGGGGUCAAUGCUAGCUCUGCCUGUUCGUCCGAAACUUCUAUCAAUCGUCAAUCCCAUUCAGGAGGGCGUGAAACGACAGCUUCUCGACCUCGAGGCGGACAGGUCAGGCUCUGCUAUAUCGGCAUCGACAAAGGAAUCACUCAAAGCCGCCGUCAAGCCGCGUACAGGAACCACUGUCGGUGCAGACUUCGGGUUUCGAUACCCUACUGACACCGAUAAAAUCCCAGCACCAGUCUUUGAGCCUGAUACCGAAUUGCCCAAAGUCCCCACCACCGACCCAGUCCUGCGAACCACACCAGACGAACUAGACUUCCUCGUCGACAUCGACAAUUCCCAGCCCAGUACCUGGCCUCGCGCCCAGCAGAGAGGGCACAACCCAUUCAAACCAUCCCCACCACCCGUCACAAUCAUCUCAGCAACCCUCCUCCUCGAAGCCGCGGGCCGCAGCAUCGGCAAAAUCUGCUCCUCAAUACUCCACCCACCACACCUCUUCCACGGAGAAAACAUCCUCCCAAGCAACCUUUUCGACACGCUUCUCUGCCUGUCCGAAGACGAGUUCAAAUACCUCCCCUUGUGGGCCGGAGGCAACGAUGACGGCACAGGCGGUGUGUACGAUGACAACCCGGUGCCGAACCUCGACGACGCGAGCCAGUUCGUCGAGGGCUUCGGGCCCGGUCGCAUUCACAGACCUUACAAUGCGCCGUCCGUGUCGGAUGCGGGGACCAUGUCCAACGAUGGCGACGCCUUCCACUACGUCGAUAGUAGCCAGGCGCUCAGCACCGUCGGGAAGGCCAGUAAGCGCGCCACGGAUGGCACUCAGACGGUCAUGAGCCUCAGUAGCGCUGCUUCCGAGGCGGUUGGCUCUGAUGCCGCCUCUGUCGUAUUCGUUCCUAGUGCUGAUGCUGCGGCCGACGCGGAGAUUGAGACUGUCAUGGGCGAGUCAGGCAUGAAUGACAAUGGCAACGACAUUGACCUCGAUGACGAUGAAGGUAACAGCUCAGACACCGACACCGACAUGGAAGUCGAAGUGCAUGACCGCUCCGACGACGACGACGGGGAGGACUUCGAUGACACAGCUGGUGUGGAUGACUUCGAUGACGGUGAUGACGACUUUCCAGUAGUCCGUCACGGCGCAGGACUGCGCCACGCUCAGGACAAAGAUGGUAUCAACGGCAAUGGUGAAGGCAGCAGCAAGGGAAAGGAGAAGGCCGCUCCUGAUUCCUUCAUGAAUGGAGACGAUGACUUCGAUGAUUUUGAACUCCUCUGA